CCGUCUCAAUCUUCCAACCAAUUUCCAUCGAUUUUGGGCCAGAUUUGGUCCCUCCCAGCCUUUCCCACCACCCUGGGACACCAUUCUGCCUCUGCCUCUCAUCUGCAACCAUGACCGACGCAAUCAGUGACGAUGUCCACCGGCGAUCCUCGCCUUUGCCUCCGGCUCCGAUGGACGACUACGCCUUCCCGGAGCUUCGUCUGAAGCGCACAAUGGACGACCCCGAAAAGACACCUCUCCUCUUGGUGGCUUGUGGCUCCUUCUCACCCAUCACCUACCUGCACCUGCGCAUGUUCGAAAUGGCCGCCGAUUACGUCAAAUUCAGCACGGACUUUGAACUGGUCGGGGGUUACCUAUCCCCUGUGUCUGACGCCUAUCGGAAGGCCGGUCUGGCUAGCGCUGAACAUCGUGUCGCUAUGUGCCAACUCGCCGUCGAUCAGACCUCCGACUGGCUGAUGGUUGAUACGUGGGAACCGAUGCAGAAGGAGUACCAACCGACAGCCGUGGUGUUGGACCAUUUUGAUCAUGAGAUCAACACUGUACGACAGGGCAUCGAGGCCGGUAAUGGUACUCGCAAGCCCAUCCAGAUUGCUCUGCUGGCAGGUGCAGAUCUGGUCCAUACCAUGUCAACCCCUGGAGUCUGGAGCGAAAAGGAUCUUGACCACAUUCUCGGAAAAUACGGCACUUUCAUCGUGGAACGCACCGGAACCGACAUUGACGAAGCGCUCGCUGCCCUGCAAACGUGGAAGAAAAACAUCCAUGUCAUUCAACAACUUAUCCAAAAUGACGUCAGCAGCACCAAGAUCCGUCUGUUCCUGAGACGUGACAUGAGCGUCCGAUACCUGAUCCCCGUCCCUGUCAUUCAUUACAUCGAACAACACAACCUCUACAAGGACGAUAGCACGGCAUCAACCGACAAGGGCAAAGGCCGACAAGAACCCGGAUCGUCGGGGUGAAUCGCCUUCCGGUGAUUUCCACUCCCCGCUUUGAAACGAACUGUCCGAGUCGUCCCGCUUUCACCACCACAGGAAGACUCGAGCACAGGCAGAAGAGAGAGAGAGAGAGAACACAUGGGCAUCCAUUGUAACAGAGUCAGCCCCGGUCGU